AAACUAUGUUGAAUAUUAAGGUUAGUGCUGAUAGACAACACCGUGUCGGGAUCUAUCUGAUUCUGCCUUCGACGUAUUUGACACGAAAUCUAAACAAGUUGCUUUUUUUUUUUCAAAACAAGGUUUAUGGUGUCGGUUUUUACGUCUCGAAACGCGAUAUUUUGGCAGAUUCUAGCGUCGAACCAUAUGCAGAUAUGUCAUUGGAAGGGCUUCGACAGAGCGAAGAUUUUUUCCACAUCUUGCGAUCCAUGAAAGGAUUCACGAACGGAAGUGGCGCCGCUGGUAGUUUUGAUAGAACGAUCUUUCUGAAAAUCAAUAUGCAACUCUCGACAGACACAAUGCGAUCCAGUCUCGAUGCAGAUUGGAAAAUGCUCACGCCAGAGUCAAAAGAAUUAUUGAUUGGCUCCAGCAUGAAACCAAGACCUGCAGAUCCAAUAUUUUUAGAAAUUGCCAAGUCGCCAGAUAAUCCGAAUCGUUGUACGUGUGCACAAAUUGCACCCCCGGAGUAUAACGCAGAUCCGUCGUGUUGUGCCCGAGGUACAGAGCUGGUUUUUACAUGGAGAAAAAAUGGCGAUUUAGAGGUGAGUUUUGAAAUGUUUGCUUUGCGAAGACAUUUUKUAGCUAAGCUAUAUUGAUAUAUCUCAAUCUCAACUUUUUUGCCAGGUCCGACUCAAUGGAGUAUUUAUGGAUUCAUUUCCUAGACCAGACAUCGCCGAAGGCAUAUUUUUUGAGUAUUUGCGCUUGGACAAUCCGAUGUCAUACGACUUUUUAGAUCGUGUGAUGGAUGGUUUUCCAUCAUUGCUAGCCCCACUUUCUCAGGUGAAAGGAAUUACUACCCCUGUUACCGCGAAACAAACGAGCACGUCAAAU